AUGGGUAUUUUCAGAUUCAUUUCUAUCUCUCUUGCGGCUGUGUCCGCGGCCAAUGCUGGCCACAUUCUUUCUAUGGGUCAUGCAAAGACCAUUCCCAACUCCUACAUUGUUGUGAUGAAGGAUGGCACCACUGAAGAAGAUUUCACUCACCAUCAGAGCUGGGUCCAGUCCAUCCAUACUCACAACGUUACCCGCCGUGGCCUUCUCGAUAAUGCCGGAGUGAGACACAAAUAUGGCUUCGGCAGCAUGAUGGGAUACGCCGGACUUUUCGACGAAGAUACCAUUAAAGAUAUCUCCGAUGACCCCAAGGUCAUGUUUGUAGAGCCUGACACUACCAUCACUAUCCACGGAGAACUUACGCAAAAUGACGUCCCAUCUUGGGGUCUUGCCCGUAUCUCCAGCCAACGCCCCGGAACCGAAGAUUAUACCUACGAUAGCUCCGCUGGUGAGGGUAUCACUGUCUAUAGCGUCGACACUGGUGUCGAUAUUCACCACGAAGACUUCGAGGGCCGUGCUUCCUGGGGUACCAACAUGAUCGAGGACGGUUACGACAAGGAUGGAAACGGCCACGGCACUCACACUGCUGGUACCAUGGUCGGCAAGACCUUUGGUAUUGCUAAGAAGGCCAAGGUCGUUGCAGUCAAGGUUUUGGACAACAAUGGCAGCGGCCCUACCAGUGGUAUCAUUGCUGGCAUCAACUGGUGUGCCCAGCAUGCUAGCCAGAAUGGUGGUACCGAUAAGGCUGUCAUAAACAUGUCUCUUGGUGGAGGCUCCAGCUCUGCCCUCAACCGUGCUGCCGCUCAGGCCGUCCAGAAAGGCAUGUUCCUUGCUGUUGCUGCCGGAAACGAUAACCAGGAUGCUCGCACCAGCUCCCCUGCUUCCGAAGACACUGUCUGCACCGUUGGUGCCUCCGCUGAGAAUGACGAACGCUCCUCUUUCUCCAACUGGGGUCCUGCUGUUGAUCUCUUCGCUCCUGGUUCCAACAUCGUCUCUACCCGUCCGGGCGGCGGUUCCCAGUCUAUGUCUGGUACCUCCAUGGCUUCUCCUCACGUCGCUGGUCUUGGCGCCUACAUUAUGGCUCUUGAGGGUAUCUCUGGUUCCGCUGUUUGCGACCGUCUGAAGCAACUCGGUACCUCUUCUGUCACCAACCCUGGCCCAGGUACCCGUACCAACAUCCUCAUCAACAACGGCGACGCAAAGAAUGGCGGCAAGAAGCCAUCCCAGCCAUCCCAGCCACCCAAGCCAUCCCAGCCAUCCAAGCCUCAACAGCCAUCUGAGCCUCAAGAGCCAUCUGAACCCCAAGAACCAGCCCCAGGCCAGCCCGCUCCCGCUCCCGCCCCCGUUCCUCAGCACCCUCACACUCCAUUCCCCAACGAUGACUUCAACUUUGAUGAUUUCUGGAAGAAGUACUUCGGUACCGACCAUUGGCGCAAGACCUUCGGCAGAUUCUGGAACUAA